UUGGUCGCGAGUAGUUGUUGGUGUGAUAUUUCCGAAAGGUUUGCCGAUCAAUUCGGUUUGGUUACAGGAAAAUUAAAGGGAGAAGGAAAGAUCCCUCGAGGCACUGGCAGAACGUAACUAGGGAUCUUAUCUAACUGGAGUGGGGUGAAUGGAUGAAUGCACACAACAGAAUUAUCAGUGGAAUGUGAGAAACACAUCAAGCAGCGCUUAGAAAUCCUCGGGAAAGAUUCAGUGACGAAGUGGGCGCGAAUGAAAUCAGUGGAGUUAUGAAUAAAUAAAUUUUGGAUUAAUUGGAGGCAUUACAAAUCGAUUAUUAUUGAUGAGUGGUGUAUUCUAGUGAAAGCAGCAAUGAUAAUAAAUUGAUUAAAUAUCAGCAGAAAGAGGCGGUGCAGUGAUUUAUGAUUUCGGUUCAUUGAAAAGCCACCGGAGACGAGGCUCUCAAGCAAUAAAUAAUUUGAAAAUUGUGAGUAUUUAGCAUCUCCCGAACCGAGUUGGAUAGAAGCGAGAUUGGCUGAUUCGCGGGAAGUGAAAAGUUACGUGAAGAGGAAAUCGAUAAAAUUUCCAGCACUGGGAAAAUUAAGCUAGAGAUGAAAAACCUUCGUGGCCAAAGUGUAUGGGAGUGUUUGUUCGUGUGGUGCAGAGAUUAAUUUUUAGUAAAAAAAAGCUUAACACUGAAGGAAGAACCAAGCGAUGCUCAACCCGAAGUGUAAUGAUUUGCAUAUAAAUUGGAUCCGAGGGUAAAGUGAAACAGGAAAAGUUGUUAAAUGGUUUACUGGCCAAAAAAAGAUUGUUGAAUGUGUGAAUUGAUUAAAGUUCGUGUGAAUAUUAUCCCGAAAAGAUUUUAGCAUGGAGGAGGAACUACGUUGUCCUGUCUGCAAGCAACUGUUCUCCGGUCCAGUGUUGUUGCCGUGCUACCAUGCGCUCUGCCUAGCGUGUGCUGUAGACAUUCAAACAACAGCAAAUCAAGUGAAUCACGCCCCAGCGAUUCAUUUGCAUCAACAGCACUCACAAUCGUCGGCUUCAUCUGUUAGUACCGGUAGCUCGAGUACAACAGAAAGUGUGUCCUCCGAUCAAGACCAGGCUGAUAAAGUUAGCAUCCUUAGCGAAGCUGACUCUGGCGUCAUUUGUUGUACAUCGCGUCCCGGCUCAUACGCAGGCACUCCGAAUCUCCAGGGUCUACUCUUUCCACCGUCAGGUUCUGGAUCAGUCUUUUCCCUCGCCUGUCCAGUUUGUCGUAAAAUCGUAUUUUUCGACGAACUUGGCGCCAGAAACUUACCAUUAUAUCGUGCCAUGGAAUCCAUCGUGGACCGAUUUUGCGAACGUGAGGCCCUGCGCUGUCAGAUGUGCGAAACAGAACCACCGAAGGUUGCUUCAGUGGUUUGCGAGCAGUGUGAGAUUCGAUAUUGCGAUGGAUGUCGUGAACUGUGUCAUCCGGCACGUGGUCCUUUGGCAAAGCACACACUUACCAAGCCACGUGGCGCCUCUCAACUUCGAGAGUCCAUCUGUGGUGAACACAACGAGCCGCUAACGAUGUACUGCAUGGGAUGCAAGUUGCCAAUCUGCAACCAGUGUAUGGGCGAUAACCGUCAUCAGUCACAUGAUCUGCAGUCGAUCGUGUCGAUGUGCAAAGCUCAAAAGACUGAAUUGUCACAUAACCUGCAGCAGCUUUCGGAGAAAGCUCGAUCAACGACAGAAUUUAUCCAAAGACUGAAAGGAAUGAGCGACAAGGUGACGGAAUCCUGCAUAGAGUUCGAGCGGUUGGUGACAUCGCAAUGCGAAGCACUGAUAGAAGCAAUUCACAGGCGGAGGGAAGUCCUGCUGGAAGCUAUUCGACAAGAUAAAGACACCAAAAUACGAACGUUAAAGGAUCAACAGGCGAGCUGUACAGGGAAGUUACAACAAACCACCGGAUUAAUACAGUUCUGCAUCGAGGCGCUGAAAGAGACUGAUAGUGCGGCAUUUUUGCAGGUUGGCUCUAUGCUGAUUAACCGAGUAGCGAACACCGACAUGACCUGGCACCAGGAGGUGACGAACGCCGCACCCCGAGUGUCUCCCAUCGUCGAUCUGACGUUGGACGACACCUCGGUCAUCCGGGCGAUCGACAAUCUCAACUUUAUCCAAAUGAAACCUGCUAAGGAAGGAGAAGAACGGCUGCCAGCAGUUCCCCUGGCACCAAUCAUCAUUCCAGAAGAUUGUUCCGCAGAAAACAACUCGGUAACUGUUGCGUGGCAGCCACCUAACCACUCGUUCGUGCAGGGUUACGUCCUGGAGCUAGACAACGGAAGCGGUGGCGAGUUCAGGGAAGUGUACUGCGGAAAGGAGACAAUCUGCACUGUCGACGGGCUGCACUUCAACUCGAUGUACAACGCGCGGGUGAAGGCCUUCAACAGCACCGGCGAGGGCGACUACUCGGAACUCAUUGGCCUGCAGACGGCGGAAGUGGCAUGGUUCACCUUUGACUCGGUGCUCAGCGGCGGACCCUGUUCGGGACUGAACUUCUCCAAUGACAACCGGACCGUAUCGGCCGAUGGCUGGGAACACCGGGUGGCCCUCGGAUCGGUCGGUUUCUCGCGGGGUGUACACUACUGGGAGUUUACCAUAGACAAAUACACCGCCGACACCGAUCCCGCCUUCGGAAUUGCCCGGAUUGAUGUGGCGCGCGAUAAAAUGCUCGGUAAGGACGAUAAGGGUUUCGCGAUGUACAUCGAUCGGCAGCGGUCAUGGUUUCAGCAUAAUUCCGUACACGAGCGGCGUGUCGAGGGCGGUAUCUCCUCCGGCAGCACUAUCGGUGUGUUGUUGGAUCUCGAACGCCACACGCUGCACUUCAUCGUCAACGAGAUGCCGCAGGGUUCGGUCGCGUUCCGUGAUCUCUAUGGCGUCUUCUAUCCGGCUGUCAGCGUUAAUCGUGGCGUCACACUGACACUUCACACCGGUCUGGAUGCACCGCAUAUGGACUACCACUGAGAAGGAGCCGUGAAAAGGAAACACGAGUAUGAGGAGGCGUGCCGAGCAUGCGAAUCAUUUGAGCUUUCUUUAAUUUAAAUUUUAUUCAAAUUAUCCUGCAACUUAUAGUCCAUCACAAGAGAACUGCAACGGGUCGUAGGGCAAUUCCACCUCAUCCAUCGGGUGCUUUCCGUGCUUCAUUGCUGCGGUGAUGCACAGUCAAGAUAAUUCAGCAACCAACAGUCUUCGGAGAAGAGAACUGCCGUAGCUCGCAAUAGAGUAGUCAGAGGAAGGGAGAAAAGAAAAACAUAAUCAUGCUUUUGCAAUUUAUAAUGUACAAACACGGCUUAAAGUUGUAUCGAAAAAAACAGAUACCAUACUGUUUGGAAGGGAAAGUUUCGAUUAGCAUAGCAGCAAUCAUCGAUGGGUAAGAAAGAAGUUCGGUCGAAUUGAAUUGUUCUGACCGAGACCGGAUUACUACCGAAACAAGAAAUUUCAGUUUGAUAAUUAACCCCUAGUAACGAGUAACGGGGAAGCUAAAAACACCUACUCAAUGCGAGUGAUCCGUACAAAUUUUUCUUUUUCUUUAAUUCCUAUAUAAAUAUUUUCACAACUAUUAUUUGCUAUGAUGUGUAUGAAAUGAGCAAUUUACAAUAAUUGUUUUAAAAUUAAUUUUUUUAUGUUCGUUGACGUCAUGUUGCCUCUCUAUGCAGGAAAUAGCUAUUCCGAAGUUUAGCUCAUUUAUCGAUAAUCUAAUAUCACCAGGGUGGAAUGGUGUAGGAAAGCAUCCGCAUCCGUCGAGGAUAGCUCAACACUAACAGACAUGUUUUCCGAUGGCAAUCAUCAGCUUGACUAAGCCAUGAAGCACACUACAUGAGUCGUUCGUUUCCUUCGUCAUACCCACGAUUCUUCGCAUCGAUGACGAUAGAAAAUAUGCUCACAUUGGCAUCGUGUUCAUUCGAUAGUAGAAGAGCAUGGAUUUUGCCAUUUCCAACUCUCGUACACCGUCAACUUUAACGGCAAAGCAGAGGUUCCCUCUACUCCCGAUGGAUUACCACUCAUUCGCAGCUUACCCCUUCUGCCAUUGACGAAUGUGACCCCAUUAGGUUUAAUUAUUCUCCUUCAGGGUUGUGAUUGCUGCUCUGCUGUUUCGGAUCGAAAACUCACUUUUCCCAAUUUGAGCAACUUCUACGGGGGGAGUGGUGCUAACCAGCGUCAACAAAGUUGAAACUUUGUUGGGAAAAUUUGAAUGCAUUCACCAGACAGUAAAUAAAUAAUCGAAGCAAAUCAACUGUAAAUAUUGUAUCAUAAAUUAACAAUUGCUUUUGCCUGCAAGCUGAUAGCGAUUUUUAAUAACUAAUAUGUACACCAAACGGCACAAUGAUCAGAGUGUUAGUUAAAUCAUUUCUUCACCUCAUUCUAUUUAUUUAAAACAAAAGCAUAGAUAAUGCGAUAAUAUCGGUUGGUUGAAAAUAGAGUGCCCAUUGUGCACAGCACAAAAGAACAGUGCACAAACCAUCAUCGGGUUAAGCAUCGCAGAGCGUAGUUAUAAUUUGCUACGGAUGAAUUCAACUAAUUAAACUGUACUCAAGUGGCCAUUCCCGGCACGUCUGCGGUAGCAUUUACAACUCACCAAAUUUGUUCCUUCAUUCACAGCAGAUAGUUGUGAAAAUUUAAGUCUAACAAACAUUAUUGAAUUAGUGAUCCCAAAACAUUUUCAUACAUAGAAUGUUUAAAAUUGAACAUAACAUUGGAAUUAUAUUAUCAGCACUAUUUAGUGGUUCCCGGGGCUAGAUAGCGGUCUGGGUGAGUUUUCGGAAUCCGUUCUCGACAAACUUAUGAUUAGGGUGUAAAAGCCAACCUUCAAAGUUCACUUUGAAGAAAAAUUCCGGAUAAACCAGUACUUGCCUGCCUGCUGGUAGUAAACAUAUGAAAAAAAAAUUUCUCUUCCGUUGAUAGCUGUGAACUGUCUGCGUUUGUCCAGAAUGUCCUAUAAAAGUCAAUUUUGGCAGUUGGCUAUCACGGUCUAAUCGUAUGUUCGUCGAUCUUUUUGCCUUUCUCAUGCAAUCACUGAAAAAAUCAACUUUUCAACCGAGGCCUGGAGGGCCAAGUGUCAUAUACCAUUCGAUUCAAUUCGUCGAGAUCGGCAAAUGUCUAUGUGUAUGUAUGUGUGUAUGUGUGUGUCAUUAAAACUCACACAAUUUUCUCAGAGAUGGCUGAACCGAUUUUCACAAACUUAGUUUCAUUUGAAAGGUAUAACGCUCCCAUAAGCUGCUAUUGAAUUUUUAGUUGAUCCGACUUCCGGUUUCGGAGUUAUGGGUUGAAUAGUGCGGUCACGCAGCAAAUUCCCAUAUAAACUGGUACAACCAUGAUGUCCAAAUGACGUAAAACAUAUUAAAAUGCUAUGCUAUAUUUCACCCUAAGGAGGAAAAUUUGGUAAAACCAAAAUUUCUCACUAGGGUGAAAAUUUGUUGGUAAAAACCAGUCUUUGUACAGGAGGGCACAAAUCCUUAUUUCAUACUAUGUUGCGUUUCGGGGUGAAAUAUAGCAUAGUGCUUUCGCAUAGGCCUGCUAAGCCAAGACGAGUUUCGGCUUCACUUGUGUCUCAUCGGCAUAAACAGAACUUCUGCUCGAACGGGACAUCACGUUUGAUCAGUCGUUUGAUUGAAACAUAUAGUGUGUUUUAGUUUUAAGGGAUUUGCGUCAAGCCGGCGCUAAUCUAUUCCGACAAUGUGUUAGUGUCGGUUUCUGAUGAGGCGAAGCCGAAACGCAACAUAGUAUGAUAUUAAAAUGGGUUCAAAAUUACUCUAGUUUGCGGGUCUGGAUCACUAAUGAUAAAUCAAAGCAGCUUUGACCACAUUGGCUACCUAUGACGGUUUAUGAUUUAUCCGGGGAACUCGCCAAGUUCCUAAGCAAAUAUCACACCUAUUACCCAUUAUUACUAUUCUCUACCGAUUUUUACAAACUUGAUUUCAAAUGAAAGAUACAGUAAUGCCAUUGACUGCUGCUGAAUUUCAUUCGGUUCUGACUCUUAGUUCCGGAGUUACAGGUUGGUUAGUAAGCUUACACUGGAAUUUCCCAUAUAAAUCGGUACAAUCGUAACACCGCAGAGGCUAAAAACUAUUGAAAUGGUCACCAAAUUACUUCGAUUCGCACAUCUAGUUCACUGAUUGCCAAACCGAUGUACUCAAACCAAGUCUCAAAUGGAAGGCAAAAUAUGCAGAUGAGUAUUGCGUCGCCGCCCCUCCCCCCGCCUUGCCCUUACACCUCACUCCUUCAUCACUCCCCUCCCCUUGGACCACCCUCACGCCCGCAUUUCCUUCAUCCACUCUGUAUACCGAAAUAAGAUGAAGGAUUUCUGACGCAUCCUCCACUCCCACUCUACUAAACCCCCACCCGCUUCACUUCCAAACCCAUUCCACCAACAUUUCAAAAUAUAAUCAUAUGAAGAUAGCAUUGAACUCAUAUUGAUUAAGUUAAUUAAAUAUUAGGGGAGCCCGGGGCUAGUUGGUGGUUGGGGUAAGUUGGCGGAAUCCCUUUGUCUUCGUUUCUAUUAGACAUAUAGCGCUGCCUCUCAUUGGGUAGCUCAAGUUAUGACAAACCCAUUAUCCAAUGUGUUUUCGUUAAAAAACAUUUUGUUUUGUAAAAGCUGUGCAUCUAGUUUGUGAUUGCAGCGCUUUUGUUAGUUACAGAUAUUCAAUUCUUGGUAAAGGGUUCCUACAGCCCUCUGAGAUUUGGCAAUCAAAUCCUAGUAAGGUAAUCAGAUUCAUUAAACGAGUUGAUCCUAACUGGGAUAAUAUGCAAAAUCAGACAAGGCCCUUCGUAUCUCAAUUAUGAAGGGAAAGCUGAGGCGCAUAACAUCAAACUGAGUCAUACCACAAUAUUCCUUCAAAUGGUCGCAGUGGAAAUCACGGUUCUACAGCUUAACAAAAAGUUGUGGGCGAUAUUGUGUUUUCGAGCAUACCAAGUUAUUUUUUUUAAUUUUAAACACUUUCUCAAUUGAUUUUAUUUUUCGAUAGCGUGUAAAAGAGCUUUCAGUAUCCGUAUAGAGAUUAAACCAAUCCAUAAAUUAAAGUUAUUUUUUAAUAGUUUUUUUUGUAAAAUUGCGGUUAGGGUAAGUUGGCGGUGACGCACGCGGGGCAAGUUGGCGCUACUAUUUACAGUGCAAAUAUAGUCAUCAAAUAUUUUUGUUUUUGGAAUUUACUCCAAAGUAAAACUUUGUGUACCUCGUCAAUGCAGGGGAUAUUUACUUCGGCCAAUCGCCUGAAGAAUUUCAAAUAUAUGCUUUUGAAUAUGGAAUACGCAUCAAAGUAAAAUGCCGGGGUAUUGAGACUGAAAUAUAUUGUCAAUUGUCGGUUUAUAUACAAUUUUAUUGAAAAAACAUUCAGCACGAACCUAUGAUAUAAUUGAAUCUCCAUUUUCUGGCGUAUUCAUAAAUACCGCCAACUUACCUCGGGGCCGGGGUAAAUUGGCAAAAUUUCCGCGUCACACAUUUUUGUCUAUAAAAACAAAGACAGUACAACAAACACUUUGAUAAAAUUCAGGGAUGUUGGCUAGGGCAUUGAAAAAAAAAUUUUUUUUUGAAUUCUCAAAGGCCCCCCCUCUCAUAUUGUGACAAAUGUCAAAGUAAGCUCAGAUGCCAAAUUUCACAUCAUUUGGACAAUUUUAGACCCCCGCCCACCUCGCUUGAAUUUUUUUUGAAAUUGGUGCUAUGGGAAAAUAUGGAGGAAAAAUACAUUAAAUGCAAUAACUUUUGAAGUAGCAAUCAGAAAAUUAAAAUUUAUACCUUUUUUGGAAGGAAAUAAUCUUAGUAUUUGAAUGGAGGUAUACUUGUUUCUAGAAAAAUACGGGAAAGUGGGGUACUGGGUCAUUUUGGCCCCAAAAUCCCCUAUAUUUAAUGAUUUUUCUGCUCUGUGAUGCAAAUCAUACAUAUUUUGUAGUUUUUCUAAUGUGAAAAAAUCUCAGAAAUCGAACGGAAUCCUUUUGACCUUAGUCCGAAUACGAGAAGUUGGGGUUAUAGGGCUUUUUGUCAAUCAUAUUAAAUUUUAUCAUUUUCUCAUGCAUAUAUCUCUAUUAUUCUUCAAUCAAUUUUCAUAAAAUGUAUCUUAUUGAACGUGUAAAAUUCUGAGGAAUAAAACAAAAAUAAAAACGUUAAAGGUAAAAUUCAGAAACAUCAAACUUUUUGAUAUUUACUCUACAAAUCUCAUUUUUUUCAUUAUUUGUCCUAAUACUUCAACUUCCUCUAUUUUUCCAGGAGUGAAACUUUUCUCGUGUGAUCCCUAAGCAUAUUUCACACUAAAAGUAGUAAAUUAAAUAAGAAUUUUGUUGUUAAAUGGAGUCAAUAUGUGCGAUUUUAUGAUAAAAAUGUGAAAUCGACACUAUAUGUCAGAUAAUUUGAUGUUCUUGAAUUUUACCGGUAAUGAAUCUAUUUUUGUUAUAAUCCUAAGGAUUUUCCACGUUCAACAAGGUAUAGUUUAUGAAAAUUGAGUGAAGAAUAAAAGAGAUAUAUUCACGAGAAAAUGAUGAAGUUUAAUAUGAAUGACAAAAGGCCAUUAAACCCCAACUUCUCGUAUUCGGACUAAGGUCAAAAGGGUUCCGUUCGAUUUCUGAGAUUUUUUUGCAUUAAAAAAAACUACAAAAUAUGUAUGACAUGCAUCACGGAGCAGAAAAAUCAUUAAAAAUAGGGGAUUUUGGGGCCAAAAUGACCCAGUAUCCCACUUUCCCGUAUUUUUCUAGAAACAAAUAUAUCUCCAUUCAAAUACUAAGAUUAUUUCCUUUUUAAAAGAGGUAUAAAUUUUAAAUUUCUGAAUGCUACUUCAAAAGUUAUUGCAUUUAAUGUAUUUUUCCUCCAUAUUUUCCCAUAGUACCAAUUUCAAAAAAUUUCAAGCGAGGUGGGCGGGGGUCUAAAAUUGUCCAAAUGAUGUGAAAUUUGGCAUCUGAGCUUACUUUGACAUUUGUCACAAUAUGAGAGGGGGGGCCUUCGAGAAUAAAAAAAAAAUUUUUUUUGCAAUGCCCUAAUGUUGGCUAAAGCCGCAUGUUCUAUUUUGCAAGAUCUAUGUACAUUACCGGGGCUAGUUUGCAGUGUUUUCAGUUUCCAUUUUAUACCGAAAUGGAAACUGAAAACACCGCAAACUAGCCCCGGUCUCCCCUAUACUUUUUUGUUAAAAGUGAGUCUGCGUCUACUUUCGUGGUAGUCGUGGGUUACGUGCUAAGAAAUUCUCGACAAUGAUGAUGUCAACGUUGCAGUGCAGACCUUCUCCAAUGUUAUGAGCUAUGCUAUCGAUCGCUAUGUACCCAAAAGAAGUGGCCUUCAAUCUAAGCACCCAGCGUGGUACACUGCCGAGCUGAGACGGUUAAAAGCGACUAAAAGAACCGCUCUGAAGAAGUACUCCAAGUUUGGGGGCUACGUGCUGCGACAACACUACGUUCAUGUUAACCAAGUCUAUAAAAAGACAUCGAAGCGUUGCCAUGCCGAUUACUUGCGAAACGUGCAACGUAAGUUGAAGUCCGAACCUAAAACAUUCUGGAAGCAUGUAAACGAGCAAAGAAAGGAA